GGGGUCAUUUUUGUGCUUCCUGCAUGUGGAAUCCACGGGGGCCUUGGGAAUUCCGCGCCUGCGGAACUGCCGAGGGCUCAGCCACAGGGGGUGUGGCCAGGUGUCCCGUCACUCGUGAAAGAACAGAGGAAAGAAGGGGUUGAAGUUUGUACUGCGAAAGCCAGGGAGGGAAACUCGGACUGCAAAGUUUUGACUCCGGCUGCGUGGCGGGAAUGGUAUUGCUGUGUACUCCAUGCGACAGAAGUUCAUAUGCAAGGGGAGCCAAGCCCUAGUGCUUCCCUUAUUGACAGAACCAUCAAGAUGAGGAAAGAAACGGAAGCUAGGAAAGUAGUUUUAGCCUGGGGACUCCUAAAUGUAUCUAUGGCUGGGAUGAUAUAUACUGAAAUGACUGGAAAAUUGAUUAGUUCAUAUUAUAAUGUGACAUACUGGCCCCUCUGGUAUAUUGAGCUUGCCCUUGCAUCUCUCUUCAGUCUAAAUGCCUUAUUUGAUUUUUGGAGGUAUUUCAAAUACACCGUGGCACCAACAAGUCUGGUAGUUAGCCCUGGACAGCCAACACUUUCAGGGUUGAAAACGGCUGUUGUACAGACUACUCCUCCACAUGACCUGGCAGCAACCCAGAUCCCUCCCUCUCCACCUUCUUCAAUUCAGGGUCAGAGUGUGUUAAGUUAUAGCCCAUCUCGUUCACCCAGUACCAGCCCCAAGUUCACCACCAGCUGUAUAACUGGAUACAGCCCUCCACUACAAGGUCUGUCAUCAGGUGGCAGUGGUUCUUACAGCCCAGGAGUGACCUACUCGCCCAUCAGUGGUUAUAAUAAGUUGGCAAGCUAUAGUUCGUCUCCUUCUUCUCCAUACCCUACCACGGUGGGACCGGUGGAGAGCAGUGGAUUGAGGUCUCGCUACCGCUCUUCACCCACUGUCUACAACUCCCCUACUGACAAAGAAGACUACAUGACAGACUUGCGAACUUUGGAUACUUUUCUCAGAAGUGAGGAAGAGAAACAGCACAGAGUAAAGCUGGGGAGCCCAGAUUCUGCCUCGCCUUCCACCAGUCCUACUUUCUGGAACUACAGUCGUUCUAUGGGGGAUUAUGCACAAACUCUAAAGAAGUUUCAGUAUCAGCUGGCCUGUAGGUCUCAAGCCCCAUGCGCAAACAAAGAUGAAGCCGAUCUCAGUUCUAAACAAGCUGCAGAGGAGGUUUGGGCAAGAGUGACUAUGAAUAGACAACUUCUUGAUCAUAUGGAUUCAUGGACAGCUAAGUUCAGAAAUUGGAUCAAUGAGACAAUAUUAGUGCCACUCGUACAAGAGACCGAGUCUGUCAGCACGCAGAUGAGACGCAUGGGCUGUCCAGAGCUGCAGAUAGGAGAGGCCAGCAUUACCAGCUUGAAACAAGCCGCUCUGGUCAAAGCCCCUCUCAUCCCCACCCUGAACACAGUCGUGCAGUAUCUGGACCUUACUCCGAAUCAGGAGUACUUCUUCGAAAGGAUCAAAGAACUUUCUCAGGGAGGCUGUAUGAGCUCAUUUCGAUGGAAUAGAGGUGGAGACUUCAAAGGACGCAAGUGGGAUACGGACCUGCCCACUGAUUCCGCGAUCAUCAUGCACGUGUUUUGUACCUACCUUGACUCCAGAUUACCUCCGCAUCCUAAAUACCCUGACGGGAAAACUUUUACAUCUCAGCACUUCGUUCAGACACCAAAUAAACCAGAUGUGACAAAUGAGAAUGUUUUUUGCAUUUAUCAGAGUGCCAUCAACCCUCCCCAUUAUGAGCUAAUCUACCAGCGUCAUGUCUACAAUCUUCCAAAGGGCCGAAAUAAUAUGUUUCAUACAUUAUUGAUGUUCCUCUAUAUCAUAAAGACCAAAGAGUCAGGAAUGCUUGGGAGAGUUAAUCUUGGUCUGUCCGGUGUGAAUAUUUUGUGGAUUUUUGGCGAAUAGUGGAUCGUUUCCUUCUGAACAUUUGGACUUAUAUUUGGCUGGAUCAGCAGUUGAGUGGAAGCAUCUCCAGUCACUGCCCCUUUUGUUCUAUGGCACAUUGUGUGUACGUGUUACAGACUCUUCAGCUGUACCAGAAAUUGCCUGUUUUAAACCUCCCUUGUAAAAGCGUGCCCUGUGCCUUCCGCACCGAGGGACACCACCCUCAAGCUCAGACCACAUCUCGGGCUCUUCAGUUGCCUCCAAACCGCAGCUUUUCAGACCGUUGCUGACCCCAAACAGUGCAGUUCCCGCUUAAUUCAAUAAACAUGAGGCCUUCUUUGUUUUAACUUCCAAAUAAGAAUCAUCCACCUCAUUCUUCCCCUCAAAAACUGAUUUUUCAAUUACAUUAUGUAGUAUAAAUAUUUGAAAGGAAAUAAGUCGCUAACAUUCUUUUUAUGUUUUCAUCUCUAUCUUCCCCCAAUGUUUGGGAAACCAGCACAGGGCCCCUAUUUUAAAAAUGAGGUCAACUUCCAAGUAAUGUGUUAGUUCUUGUGUGUUUUUAAAAUAUAAUUGAAAGAGAUUUGACAGGAUUGUGUUUAAAAAGUCAGCUCUUGGGUUAAACGUAGCUGACAGUUAACUGUUCGGGUCUUAGAUGUGAAGCUGAGGACAUCAAGAAGACGACUGGUUUGGUUCCAGUAACUCAAGUCAGAUGGGCAGGAUUUUCUCAGAGGCCCAUCUCUGUAGCCUCCAUUUUUAAAAAUUGAAUUCCAUAAUAUUGUAUGUAUGAUUCUAAGAGUUUUCUUUAAGAUCAUAUGAUUUCUUAUGUUUAGAUUUUUUAGGUGUGUUCUAAUCUGGAGAGUGAGCAGUUACCAGUUCAUAAGUUUGCUGGACUCCCCAUCAGUGUUUUCUUGCGUGUCCGUGCAGGUCCCCCAGGCCAGCCAGCAGUCAUGAGUGUUUUCUGGGUUGACACACUUUCUGCUCCGCCGCCCGGGAGCGCCUGAAACUGGUGUGUCCUCAGUAACUGCACGUCGGCGCUGCGUGUGCAAGCCUCUCUGUGGGAGUUUUUUUGUAAAUUCUCUUUUUCAAGAAGUCAUUUCUGUUUUUUAAAAGUCAGACGUCCACAGGUAAAGACGUUUCUAUCUUUCAACAGCUUUUGGUGCAUGUUACUAUGUUUGCUAUGAUGUUUUUGGGAGAAAAUGUCGAUUAAACAUGUUAAAUAUAAGGA